AUGACUGCUAAGUCCAAAUUCAGUGCUCGUAUCACGCACGCUAAGCUCCCUCCAAAGCUAAAAAUGCCAACCACAGUCAAGAAAUACGAUGGUACCACUGAUCCGGACGAUCACAUGUUUGAUUUCGAUGGGGCAGCACGAGUAGAACAAUGGCCGAUGCCGGCAUGGUGUUUCAUGUUCGCACAAACAUUAACCGGCGCUGCCCGGGUAUGGUUUGAUGCCCUAAAUGAAGGUGAGAUUAAUGACUUUGAAGAACUCCGAAGAUUAUUUCUCCAGAACUUUAGCCAACAGAGGCAUUACUCCAAAGAAAUCACUGAAGUUCAUAACAUCCUAAGGAAGGAUGGGGAAUCUUUGGAUAAUUUCAUCGAUCGGUUCAACCGAGAAAGCAUGCAGAUCAGCGGAGUAGUGGACCAGUUAAGGAUAUCCGGAUUCUGCCAUGGAGUCCGAAACAACCAGUUGGUCGAAAAGUUACGUGAAAACCUCCCUAAAACAAUGGAGGUGCUCAUGGAGCGAGCUAGAGCAUUUGCACGAGGAAAAAACGCGUGUAAUCCGGCACCAGAAUCGGAGCACAAGAUGUCCUCCUGGAAGAGAAACGGCGGAUCAGUGUUCGACAAAACUCCGUCCGGGAAUAGGGGACGAUCGCACCCUUACAGUAGAAAUGAUAGACCUCAACGAGGAAGAAGUUCCGGAUCAAGGUUUUAUAACCUAUCAGAUCUCUCCAAGACUCCGAGUGAUAUCCUCAGUGCCGAAGGAGCAAACUUUCCAGCUCCGCCAAAGCUCCGAAAUCCAGGCGAUAAAAACUCCAAAAAAUACUGCGAGUACCAUCAUGCGCGUGGCCAUAAUACGGACGAUUGUUGGUCCUUGAAGCAAGAGAUAGAAAAAGCAGUACGGUCCGGCAAAUUAUCGCACCUGGUAAAGGAAGUAAAAGAGGGGAAAUCUUCGGGAAGUGCAACAGAUAAUCCGAACAACCAACCAGCAAUUUGCAUGAUUAGGAAAGUAAAUAGCCAAGGCAUUAAGCGAUCCAAUCAUCAUAUGGCCGUUUGGAUGCAACAACCGAUCGCUUUCCCUCCAAUAACCCCUGGUGAAAUCAAAGACGGACCAAUCGUAGUAUCUGCAGUAAUAGCGGGCCACAAGGUUUGA